AUGUUUCACCACCAUCAUCAAUCUCACAAUGUCAACUCUAAUAUUGAUAUCUAUUCAACUCCAAUAAGGGGUGAAAGUUUAGACGAAAAUGAGAUGGAGUAUGAUGAUGAUGAUGAUGAUGAUGAUGAUGAAAAUGAAGGAAAUGAUCAAGAUGAUCAAUAUGGUGAAGAUGGAGGAAAUUCUGUUCAUCAUGUUGAUGCUAGUCUUUACACCCAACCAUCAUUUCAAGAUAUAGUUUCACAAUUUGGUUCACCACCGAGCUUCACUCAAUUGAAAAGUUGGGAUUUGAUUGAAGAUAUUGCUCUCAUAUGUUCAGUCAUAAACACAAGUACAGAUCCAAUUGUGAGCACCAACCAAAAGAUAAGAGUGAGGUGGCAAAAAGUUAAGGAAGCUUAUGAAGCAGCGAGGAUGGAACGACCCCAUCUGAUCCCACGAAGAACCGCCGACAUGCUUAAAUGUCGUUGGGGUAGAGUUGCUCCAGCAUGUUUGAAGUGGUCUGGAAGUUAUGAUGGGGCUCUUAGGAGGAAGAAGAAUGGCACGACAGACGAAGAUGUGCUUAAAGAAGCGCAUUUAAUCCAUCAAAGAAAACACGGUAACUUUAACUUCAUUGAGCAAUGGAAAAUUUUAAGAAAGUAUAACAAGUGGAAGCAAGUGGUAAAAACUAAUCAAAAAAAAACAAUUGGAUCAACAACCAACUGGUGA